CAGCGCACAAAGCACCUCCUCAAAGUCUGAGCGCUGAGCUCGGCUCAUCGCACUCGCUGCAACACGUCUUGUCAACCUUGCAGUUUACGCGUGACCCAGGGAGACAGUGACAGGCUAGUGAAAGAGGUCGGAGUAGCUGGAUGUAAAGGCAAAAUAAUCGAAAUUCAAAAUUGUACAGAUCAGUGGAUUUUAAGGCAAUCCAAUAAGAGUGCACGUUGAAGUGAAAUUGAUGUUCCAAUCGGGAACUCUUCCCUCAACAGUCUACAUGAGGGGCCGUCAAUGAUUCGGGUAUUGAACAAACAUGUUGCGAAGUUCAAUAUCCUUAUUUUAAGUAUUAGGUUAGAGCACUCAGCGCAAUUACGCACGGCAUCAACAUGGUUUCAUUUUUGGAUAGAUGUACCCCUGCUUUGUUCCUCGUAUGGAGCUACUGCGUCCUGGCGGACACAGUAUUUUCUAACUUUUCCCUGGACAAUGAGGUUCACUCGAGUUUCAUCCACCGGCGGCUGAAAAGCCAGGAGCGCAGGGAGAUGCAGCGAGAAAUCCUCUCGAUACUCGGGCUCCCACACCGGCCGCGACCGCAUCUCCACGGGAAGCACAACGCGGCCCCAAUGUUCAUGAUGGACCUGUACAAUGCCAUGUCCACUGAGGGGGAAGAGGACGCGUACUCCUAUCCAUACAAACCCGUCUUCACCACCCAGGGGCCGCCGAUAGCAACUCUACAGGACAACAACUUGCUAAACGACGCAGACAUGGUUAUGAGCUUUGUCAAUUUAGUGGAGCACGAUAAGGAGUUUCUCUCGGUCCGGCGGCACCACAGAGAGUUUCGUUUUGACCUAUCACGUAUCCCCGAUGGGGAAGCGGUCACCGCUGCAGAGUUCCGCAUCUAUAAGGACUUCAUUCACGAGCGCUUUGAGAAUGAGACCUUCCGCAUCAGUGUCUACCAGGUGCUGAAGGAACACAACGACAGGGAGUCAGACCUGUUUCUGUUGGACUCGCGGGUCAUCUGGGCGGCUGAGGAGGGCUGGCUGGUGAUUGAUGUGACAUUGACCAGUAAUCACUGGGUUCUGAAUCCUGGACGCAACCUGGGCCUGCAGCUGGCUCUGGAGAGCACUGCCGGUGAGAGUGUGAACCCACGGAUGGCAGGGCUGAUCGGCCUCAGUGGUCCUCAGAAUAAACAGCCCUUCAUGGUGGCCUUCUUCAAAGCCACAGAGGUGCACCUGCGCAGCAUCCGCUCAGCACCAGGGGGCACCAAACAACGCAACCCCAACCGCUCCAAAGGGGCCAACAAGGGCCAGGAGGCACUCCGAGUGACAAACAUCGCAGAGAACAGCAGUGCUGAUCAGAAGCAGGCAUGCAAGAAACACGAGCUCUAUGUCAGCUUCAGAGAUCUGGGGUGGCAGGACUGGAUCAUAGCUCCAGAGGGCUAUGCAGCUUAUUACUGUGAGGGAGAGUGUGCCUUCCCUCUCAACUCCUACAUGAAUGCCACUAACCACGCCAUCGUGCAGACACUAAUGGAGGAGCCGGUCAAGAAAAUGCGUUUGAGAGAGUGGCUGAUAGCGCAGAUAGACAGCGGAAAGUUUGCAGGACUCACCUGGGAGAACGAAGACAAAACGAUGUUCAGGAUCCCAUGGAAGCACGCGGCAAAACAGGACUAUAGUCUGAACGAAGAUGCAGCACUAUUCAAGGCUUGGGCAGUGUAUAAGGGGAAGUAUCGGGAGGGGAGGGACAAGGCAGAUCCCACCACCUGGAAGACUCGUCUCCGCUGUGCCUUCAACAAGAGCACAGACUUCAAAGAAGUCCCAGAGCGCAGCCAGUUAGAUGUAUCCGAGCCCUACAAGGUCUACCACAUCCAGGCAGAGCCAGAGACAGGCAGAGACUCAGAAUCUCCUCAGCCUGAGAGUCAGGUGAUCAUGCAGACCAGCCACUCCAGUGUUCCACUGAGGAACAUUGUCACACACCAUCCACAGUUUGGCUGCAAUAGUGAAUCAGAGGCCAGGGAUGGAAGAGUCAACUACAGAGAGGGCUUGGCAGGGGACCAUGUGUACUACUGGUCCAACACAGGGACUCCUCAGAGGGACGGCUCUGCUCCUCUCUCCCUAGUCGUCCCUAUACCACAGAUCUCUGACUUGCGUGUGCGGGUGUGUCUGUUCUACCAGGGCCGGCUAGUAGUGGAUGUGACCACCAGCACCCCAGACGGCUGUUUCCUCCUGCAGGGUCAGGUGCCCCUGGGGAACGAGAGGAUCUAUGGACCAUGCACAGCCCAACAGGUCCCCUUCCCCCCUCCAGGGGUCAUCCCUCUGCCCCCGGGCAUCGCUGAGGCCAUGGGCCGCCUGCUGCCCCACCUGGAGAGGGGCGUCCUGGUGUGGGUUGCUCCAGACGGGGUGUUUAUCAAGAGGUUCUGCCAGGGCAGGGUGUACUGGAGUGGCCCUCUGGCCCAACACACAGACAGGCCCAACAAACUGGACAGGGAGAGGACCUGUAAGCUGCUGGACACACCUAUAUUUCUGAAGGAGCUCCAGGACUAUAUCCAGGGGGCGGGACCCAAACCUCGCUAUGAGAUUGACCUCUGCUUUGGGGAGGAGUUUCCUGACGCCAGCCAACUGAAAACCAGGAAACUGAUCAUUGCACAGGUGGUGCCCCUGUUUGCUGUCAACCUACUGCAUAGGUGUCUGAGGAUGGGGACAGAGGGGAGACCACGCCUUCACACACACAACACCAUGGGGGAAGAGGGAGAGGGUCAGCCACACCCCCUGCCCCAGCGGUAAGGAGCCCAGGACACCCCUCUGAGUAACCCCUGGGGAACAUCACCAGUCCCCCCUGGUGGCCCCUCCUGUCCCAGCUUAGCCAGCCAGGAUGAGGGGUGAGUGGAGACUCAAGACACGGUCAGUGUAGGCUUAGUGUAUGCCCUGUGGAAAGCAACAUAUACCUCAACCUUAAGAGCGCAGAGAACAAUAUGAUACGACACAGAUAGGAGCAAGUACGCUUGGAACAGAUAUUUCUCACAUGGUUUUCUUAAAGCAAUAAUCUGCGGUUGCUACAUCCAUAAAAAAAAACUAGAAAAAAGUAGGAUAUGUACCCAAUGAUUUUUGAAGAAUAUAACUUAUAAAUGUCUCAUGAGAUUAUAAAUGUAACCAAUUGAGAUUGGUUACAUUCCUCCAGCCCUGUAAUCUACAGAGAAAGUCAUCAUUUUGCCAGUAUAUGUUUGACAUCUUUUGUUAUUAUGUUUUUUCAAUGCGUUGUUUAAGCUUUUCUUUUACAGUAUCUUGUACAAUGUGAAAAACUUCCAUUUACCUCAUAAUCAACUUGUGAUUGAAAUGUACAGUGUGUUUGGAAAGUAUUCAGACCCCUUUACUUUUUUGACAUUAUGUUACGUUAUAGCGUUAUUCAAAAAUGUAUAACAUAAUUUUUAUCCCUCAUCAAUCUACACACAAUACCCCAUAAUGACAGAAACACCUUAUUUACAUAAGUAUUCAGACCCUUUGCUAUGAGACUUGAAAUUGAGCUCAGGUGCAUCCUGUUUCCAUUGAUCAUCCUUGAGAUUUUUCUACAACUUUAUUGUAGAACUGUAGUCCAACUGUGGUAAAUUCAAUUGAUUGGACAUGAUUUGUAUAUACGAUCUCACAAUUGACAGUGCAUGCCAGAGCAAAAACCAAGCCAUGAGGUCAAAGGAAUUUAGAGCUCCAAGACAGGAUCGUGUUGAGGCACAGAUCUGGGGAAGAGUACCAAAAAAGUUCUGCAGCAUUGAAGGUCCCCAAGAACAAAGUGGCCUCCAUCAUUAUUAAAUGGAAGAAGUUUGGAACCACCAAGACUCUUCCUAGAGCUGGCCGAGCUGGCCAAAUUGAGCAAUUGGGGAAGAACCCAAUGGUCACUCUGACAGAGCUCCAGAGGUCCUCUGUGGAGAUGCGAGAACCUUCCUGAAGUACAACCAUCUCUGCCGCACUGCACCAAUCAGGCCCGACGGUACAGUGGCCCGACGGAAGCCACUCCUCAGUAAAAGGCACAUGACAGCCCGCUUGGAGUUUGCCAAAGGCACCUAAAGCACUCUCAGACCAUGAGAUUCAAGAUUCUCUAGUCUGAUGAAACCAAGAUUGAACUCUUUGGCCUGAAUUCCAAGCGUCAUGUCUGGAGAAAACCUGGCACCAUCCCUACAGUGAAGCAUGGUGGUGGCAGCAUCAUGCUGUGGAGAGGUUUUUCAGCGCAGGGCCUGGGAGACUAGUCAGGAUGAGGGAAAGAUGAACGGAGCAAAGUACAGAGAGAUCCCUUGAUGAAAACCUGCUCCAGAGCACUCAGGACCUCAGACUGGGGGCGAAGGUUCACCUUCCAACAGGAUAACGACCCUAAGCACACAGCCAAGACAAUGCAGGAGUGGCUUUAGGACAAGUCUCUGAAUGUCCUUGAGUGGCCCAGCCAGAGCCCGGACUUGAACCCGAUCGAAUAUCUCUGGAGAGACCUGAAAAUAGCUGUGAAGUACUGCGUGAAGGGUCUGAAUACUUAUGUAAAUGUGAUAUUUCAGUUUUUAUUGUAUAUAAAUAUGCCAAAACUUCUAAAAAACAGUUUUUGAUUUCUCAUGAUGGGAUAUUGUGUGUAGAUUGAUGAGAAAAAAAGAUUUAAUACAUUGUAUAAUAAGGCUGUAUCUUAACAAAAUGUGGAAAAAGUCAAGGGGUCUAAAUACUUUCCGAAUGCACUGUAUGUCAGCCAGUCUAGUAAACAUAUAAAUGGUUUCAUGUCCAUAAUGUGAUGUUUGAAUCUGUCACAGAUGUAUAGACCUGAUUAUAGAUCAAAUGAAUCAUUAAAAAUGAUUAAAAAUGAUUUAAAUAAUAAA